AUGCUGGGAGGUGUUGGACAUCUAACAAUUGGUAGGGCUGUCCCAUCUGAUGACAGCGAAUGUCCGCAGAUGGAGAAGACCCACAGCUCCGCUCAUCUUGGGACUUACAGGGUCUCUGCUCAAAAUGAGAAGCCGCUGAAAGUCAAGUCAGUCGUCGCAGAUCAAUUUCCUUACGGUAAACACGAAGGCAUCACAAUUGAAUGCUCCAGUAUAUCUGACUACUCCGAAAAGAUCAUCAAAUCCAACCACUUGGAUCACAUCAUCACAAUAUUUAAAGGCAAAGUGGAAGAAAUUGACUUGCCUGUGGACAAAGUAGAUAUCAUAAUCAGUGAAUGGAUGGGCUACUCCCUUUUCUAUGAGUCCAUGCUUAAUACAGUCAUCUUUGCCCGGGACAAGUGGCUGAAACCAGGAGGGCUCAUGUUUCCGGACCGAGCGGCUUUGUACAUGGUGGCUAUCGAAGACCGACAAUACAAGGAUUUCAAAAUCCAUU